CUUCUCGAUUUCGUCGGAGUCAAAUCGGAGACGCCAACAAUCGGAUCGGAGACAGCGCAGUUAUCGAUGGAUCCACAGCCAGAACCAGUUACUUACAUAUGCGGAGAUUGUGGGCAGGAGAAUACGUUGAAGGUUGGUGAUGUGAUUCAGUGUCGGGAGUGUGGUUACCGUAUCCUGUACAAGAAGCGGACCCGUAGAAUUGUUCAGUACGAAGCUCGUUGAACAAGGCUUCACGAUAGCAGCUUGCAUCGACAUUUUGAAGUAUGUUUAACACAACCAAAUAAUCAUGUAACAAAGGGACACCAACGAUUACUGAUGUGUGAAAUUUGGAUCUUACGGUAUCGUGUUUUUUAGAUGUCAAAUGUAGUGUGAUCUAAAACAAGAAUAUAUCAAUGUGUUGUCUAGUUGAGUUCCA